UUCGGCCAUGUUGGGUGUAUGUUACAGCAGGAAUGUGUAUAUCAACAAAGGGAUCGAACAUAAUAUGUGACUUGUGAUCAAUAAAUCCUGGCUGAUUAAUAGACGGAGUAUUUGUCAGGAGAGAUUUUACUGAAAGAAAUACACGAAGCAAUGCUAUGAAGAAAUCUUUUAAUAACAGAACCAAGGACUUUAACUCUGAAAAAUCAAGCAUUUUCUCAGAUUCCUAUAUGUUCUCACAGGAGAUAGUAAACAUAAACCCCAAACCAUUCUCAUGUUCUGAAAGUGGAAGAUGUUUUAGUCAUAAAGAAACUCUUGCUAGACAGCAGAGAACUCACACAGGAGAGAAACGGUUUUCAUGUUCUGAAUGUGGAAAAUGUUUUAUCAAUAAAUCAAAACUUGUCCGUCAUCAGCGAACUCACACAGGAGAGAAACCUUUCUUUUGUAGUGAAUGUGGAAAAUAUUUUGUCACUAAAGCAGAGCUUGUCCGUCAUCAGAAAGCUCACACAGGAGAGAAACCUUUCUCAUGUUCUGAAUGUGGAAAAUGUUUUGUCACUAAAGCAGAGCUUGUUUGUCAUCAGCGAACUCACACUGGAGAGAAACCGUUCUCAUGUUCUGAAUGUGGAAAAUGUUUUCAGCAACAUUCACAUCUUGUCUGUCAUCAGAAAACUCACACAGGAGAGACACCGUUCUCGUGUUCUGAAUGUAAAAAAUGUUUCAGCAAAAAUGCAGCGCUUGUGCGUCAUCAGCGAACUCACACAGGAGAGAAACCGUUCUCAUGUUCUGAAUGUGGAAAAUGUUUUCUUAAAAAAUCAGUGUUUGUAGAUCAUCAAAGAACUCAUACAGGAGAGAAACCGUUCUCAUGUUCUGAAUGUGGAAAAUGUUUUGGGCAACAUUCACAUCUUGUCAGUCAUCAGAAAACACACACAGGAGAGAAACCGUUCUCAUGUUCUGAAUGUGGAAAAUGUUUUGGGCAACAUUCAACUCUUGUCAUUCAUCAGAGAACACACACAGGAGAGAAACCGUUCUCAUGUUCUGAAUGUGGAAAAUGUUUUCAACAACAUUCAAGUCUUGUCAGUCAUCAGAGAACUCACACAGGAGAGAAACCGUUUUCAUGUUCUGAAUGUGGAAAAUGUUUUCGGCAACAUUCAAGUCUUGUCAGUCAUCGGAGAACUCACACAGGAGAGAAACCGUUCUCAUGUUCUGAAUGUGGAAAAUGUUUUCGUAGAAAAUCAGUGUUUGUAGAUCAUCAAAGAACUCAUACAGGAGAGAAACCAUUCUCAUGUUCUGAAUGUGGAAAAUGUUUUGGGCAACAUUCACAUCUUGUCCGUCAUCAGAGAACACACACAGGAGAGAAACCGUUCUCAUGUUCUGAAUGUGGAAAAUGUUUUGGGCAACAUUCACAUCUUGUCAUUCAUCAGCGAACUCACACAGGAGAGAAACAGUUUUCAUGUUCUGAAUGUGGAAAAUGUUUUAUCAAUAAAUCAAAACUUGUCAGUCAUCAGCGAACUCACACAGGAGAGAAACCGUUUUCAUGUUCUGAAUGUGGAAAAUGAUUUUUCGUUUAACCUAAUCUUGAUAGACAUCAGAGAUCUCACACAGGUGAUGAG